AUGGACCACAGCGCGCCAGGUCGAAGACGACCGCCAGGAGCGCAGCCAACUUCGAAACCGCCAGUACGAAUCGCGCGAGACAGAGGACUGCAGAAAGAGACGGCGCGUCGUCCAACGCCCGGCAAGAUACGCGAAGCAAAAGAUAGCAGUGAGAUCAUCCGAGUCCCGAAGAGAGUCGAGGCUAUAGCGGCAGAGCGGCCGAGUACAGAACGAAGGAGUACAGACGAUGACCCGAACGCACGACACUUUACGGUAGCAAACGUGGGUCGCAAUGGCGCUGUAUACCUCAAGCCGAGUCGCUUUCAGGUGCCUGUGAACCAGACGCCCGCUACACCUCCGGGUACUUCAGAUGGGAAGGAGGAAAUUUCUAUGGACUGGGCUACGAGACGACCGAGUGCCAUGUCUGGUACUUGGACACCUCGAGGACCGGCACCGAGGGGUUCAGCACUCAAUGCCACCACACCUGUACCUCCGCUAAGCAUGGCGAAUGGACAUGACCGGCGGGGGACAAGAUCACAUUCCUUCUCCACCUUGGAUACUUCAGGACGCCCGACCUUCGACUCCAACGAUUUUCAGAUCCUUGUGAAUGGCAGAGACACUGGGAGACCGAAGAGCUCAGUCGACUUGUCGGAUGGCAUCCUCGACCUUCGGAUACCUCACUACAGGCUUGGAACGCCACGAUUCAGCGACCGAGGAACGGCAUAUCUGCACAAUUCGAUGUAUACCUCAAACUCGGAAGGCAUGAGGUCUUCCGUGUUUUCAAGUGCAGAGUACGACAAACUGUUUCCGGCACCUCCAGGCAAAGAACAUGGUGGCCGCUCGCGCGAAUCUUCUUCGCCCUAUCUACAUCCUGCGCACGCGAUGCACUCGUUGACCCCAUCACGGACGCCCCCAACACCUCAGUCGAACUCUCCAGUCGGCGACAUCAACCCUUCGGUGUACGAUAAAGUCGAGGCCAGGCUCAACGAUGCUACGCUGGUGCGGUACUCGCCGACUACAGGGCGUAUCACUGCCGCUACACCCGCCAGAUUGAUUGCUCAGAUCACCUCGCCGCUCUUUCUUGAUUACGAGCUCUUGGCCGAUUUCUUCCUUACUUUUCGAAAUUUCCUCUCGCCUUCUGAUCUGCUUGAAUACAUGCUAGCGCGGAUGAAGUGGGCUCUUUCGAAUGACAGCGAUGCCGGCCGAAUCGUGCGAGUGCGGACAUUCGUAGCUCUCCGCCACUGGAUCUUGAACUACUUUGCCGACGACUUCAUACCUGUUUUUGAGCUACGACAGAGGUUCUGCACGCUCGUCAACCAGCUCACUCUGUCCCUCCUCCGGCGUGCAGACAAGGGCGGUACAGAUGUGAACGUGCUCGGAGAGCUGAAGAAAUGCUGGAGACGAACCUGCGCAAUGUACUGGCCAGUCUCCAAUGCACUGGACACAUCGCCGGAGGCUGAUAUCCUUCCCGGACGAGUGGCUGCCAGUCCUGGCUUCGAAGCGUCAUCAACAAGUCUGCCGCUCUCUGUUCAAGCACGUGAAUCACAGCUUGACUUCCGAAGAAGUUCCGUAAUCCGACUACCGCCAGAAAUUGAGAAAGAUGCGCAAGUGAGCUUCGCGCAGCCUGCCAGCCCAGAAGCUCAGACGCCAAAUCAACAUGCCCGAACGGCGAGCAUUCCGACAUCACCGAUGAGCGAGGAUAGCCUGACCGUCCUGUCGUGCUCUGUGCCCUUCUUGCGGAACAUGAUGCAAGGAAAGGAGAAGCCGCAGCGACCAGUUGAAUUGCAAAGAAAUCCUCAUCUCGACAAGUCCGAUAGACCGACCAACGGCCACAAGCGUAGUGGAAGCUUCUCAGAUGCUUUGCGUGACAAGCGGCCGCCACUUCCGUCUGCGCAACCGGACGGUAUGGAUCUUCGAUCACUGCAGUCUCUCACGUUUACUGGCGGUCUUGUACGAGGUCUACUUCUUCAACCAUCGCCGUCAACGGUGGAGCUACUGAUUCCUUUAAGUCCGCCUCUGGAUAUUCAAACGCAUCGAUCGAGUGGUACGAGCGACAGCUAUUUUCAGGAGCAGCAGCUGCAAAGCGUAGGGAUGAAGAGGCUCGUUGGCGAUGUACGGCGUGCUCUGAGUAGUCGCCGACCACGCGAAUCGCCUGCUUCGAGUCAUCGGUCGACAAACUCCUCCGACUCUCGCAGCUCGGGCAACAUUGGCGCAAGCGCUCAGGCUGCUUCGUGGCAGCAACUGAGUGGCCCACCGCGAGUUGACAUGCUUGCUGAAAGGGUCGCGACCGCUUAUAAGGAAGUUUUUGAUGGCAUGGAUCUCCAACAAAGCGGGCAACAGGAGGCAAGGCCCCGAGCAGAUCGAGAAUCAGAUGCUAUGAUGAAAGAAGUUGAGAUGGAGCCCUCGUCCCCGCCACGAGAUAUGAGAAGACUAGACAGCCAUGUCACCACUGGCAGUCGCUCCAUUGUCAUUGUCGAUGACACUGGAAUGCCGGAGGUACCGAAGAAGUUUGGGGCGUUGCCUUCUGUGAGCUCUUGGUCGAGUGGCAUGGCACCUGAUGCUCUCUUCCGCAGCCCACAGCAGGCCUUUGACGAGUGGCAAGGCGCGAAGUCUGAGUAUCGCAGUGGUUCCGCUACUGCCGUGGCGAGCGAAGGCCUCCGUCAGGCCUCAGGCGACCCACAGAUGCAUGAUCUUCUGACCGUACCGGGUGGUUGGCAGGAAGACACAACAGAUGGAGAGAUACCUGUCGGCUACACACCGGCCAGAAAGUCUUCAAGCGUGAACCCGUCCGCUUUCGAACUCCAACCUGUACGCCAUCAACUGCGAAGACGACCAGGUGGUGAUCUCAAGGCAACCGACCAUGUCCACGAUCUAGAGCCGGCUCCGAGACAUCAUCAUGGCGACUCGUACUCUACCAUCACCCACUCAAUGGACUCGGACAAUCCUCCUAACGAGCUGACUGGAACACACUUCUCUGGCCAAGGCUACAACGGCUGGCAAGGGAUCGACGACUUCGCACAGCGUAAUACACAGCCAACGUCCCUCCUGCCUACUCAUUCUUCUCAACCUAACAUGCGAGCUUCGUUCGAACAGCAGGUCUCGCACUUGAAGCAGCUGCCGGAAGGUCAGCAGCAAGACGAAGAAGGUGGCAUAGAGGAUGCGCUCGCGAAGCUGGAAGGAAAACCGUCGAACAUGACGAUGAGAGACUCGGCCGGUCCAGCUUCUGCAGUGCCUCAGACUCAGUCGCGCCAGGGCCCACGGUCCUCAUCUGUUCAGUUCGCGCGGGUCAGCGCACAGGGGAAGCAUACAGACUCUGCGGACGGAUCUCAACUUCUCAGCCCGACUACUGACAGGCAGGGCGCCAGCAUCUAUCGAUACUCCGGAUCUGAGGCUGAAAGUGAGGAGGUCAUGGGCCGGCCUGUCCUGAGAGCACUAAACCCUGAUUCGCCCACGACUGCCACCUCGGACGGCUGCGCCAUUGAAAGCGUUGAUUUCGCUGACGAUCCUGCUCAGCACACCGCUUACGGCAGGAGGUAUGGAGAAGCCGAGCGGCCUUCCGAAGACGAAAGGUCAGGUCUACCUCACCUGGGGACGCCGCAAGGGUCGUUCCUGCUCGAUGACAACGAAAGCCUGAGCGACAUUUCUACCGAGAUUGCGGAUCAGUCGGGAGACGAGAGUCUUGGUGUACGAAGUUUCUUCUUCGACGACACUCCCGCGGACGAGUUCGUACCUACUUUUGCCUCUUACAGGCCUCCUCCUACUCCACCACCGACGAUUGGCCCGUCGACCAAUGUCUCGUCGACAUCCGAGCCAAGCCCAAUGAUGGCGCCACCACGCGUGCCGGACAAGAAGACGCUGAAGGAGGCUCAAAGCGCGCCCAAACUGCUGCCAUCGAACAAACAGGACCCGCGUUUCCGACAGUCAGCGGCCGAGUUAAGAAGAGUGCACACUGCACCGUCUCAGAAGCAGGUCGCCCAUCUGCCGUUUGUCUUAGCCUUCGAAUCGGACGUCGUUGCCGAGCAGCUCACCAUCAUCGAGAAGGAUGCGCUCGACGAAGUAGAGUGGAAAGACCUCGUCGGCUUGAGCUGGAAGCAGACCCCGCCUACCAUCCGCAAUUGGGUCGACUUUUUGCAACACGAGUCGAAUGGCAUCGACAUCGUGAUCGCUCGCUUCAACCUCGUUGUCAAAUGGGUGGUGUCAGAGUGCCUCUUGACAGAAGCUCCAAGUGAGCGGGCACGGUGCAUCACCAAAUACAUCCACAUCGCAGCGAGCUGUCACCGGCUCCGGAACUAUGCAUCGAUGUACCAGAUCACGCUUGCCCUACUCUCCGCGGACAUGGCUCGGCUUCAUCAGACCUGGGCACUCGUCGCUCAAGCCGAAAAGGCAGUGCUCGAGCGACUCGAGAAGCUAUGUCAGCCCGUUCGGAACUUCCACAACCUACGUUCCGAGAUGGAAGAAGCCUCUGCUGAAGCAGGCUGCAUUCCUUUCAUCGGCCUGUACACCCACGACCUGAUGUUCAACGCUCAGAAACCAGGACACAUCGAUCCGAUGCCGCCUGGCAAGGAAAAGCUGGUCAAUUUCGAGCGCUACCAGACUGCUGCGACGAUCGUGAAGAGUCUGCUGAGGCUGAUUGAGGCGAGCUCGAAGUACAUUUUCCGACCGCAUCCAGAGGUGUUGAGUAGAUGUUUGUGGUUGGCUGCGCUGGAGGAUGGGGAGAUCACUACGAGGAGUAAGACUUUGGAGAGUUGA